AUGGCUAUUCAGCUUGGACCUUCAUUUUGUGUUAUCUUGACAAUUGGUGUAUUUUUCCUUUGCCUCCUUACCUUUGCGGGUGUCCCUAAGACUGAGCUUCCUCAAGAUAAGAGCCGUUUGUUUGGCUAUCCAGUAUGGCAUCCUCCUAUCAAAAGAAAUGAUUAUAACAAAACCGAUAGUUCAUUAGCUUUCGGCUCUCUCUUGAUAAUAAUUACUGUCUAUUUAGCCUCAAGAUGGACUGCGCAUCCUCCGACCAUUCGUAAACUUCAGACCUAUUUUAUCAGUGGCGACUCUCCUCCAGUUUCUGCUUACUACUUUAAUCGUCUUUUGGUUCUUUAUGCUUUUAAUACUGUGUUAACUUUCUUUGCUAUUCUUAUAUUUGACGUUGGUAAACUUUGGGUAGGGGCAAUUGGAAUGCUUCAUAAUAGCUCCGAAUUUGCUGUUUUGGUUUUAAUAGGAUCUGGUGGAAGGAUUAAAAAUAUUAGUUUUUAUGCUAUUCUUUUGAGUUAUAUGUUUUUCGUCUAUUGUGGUCUCUGUUUUGACUAUGCACUCAUGAUCACUUUCACUCGUAUUUACAUUAAUACUAGUCAUGAGCUUAAGCAUGGUGAUGAGAAUGAACUUUUUGCUUCAGUCUUCCAUAAUGUCGGUAACCUCACUGCCACUGUUUCCUUUGAUACAUUAGUUCCCUCCAUUUUAACAUCGUUAACCUAUGCUAUCACCUAUCCGGCUUACAUGUAUUAUGUAUAUGUAGAUACUCAUGCUACAAGUGUUUAUCCUACAAAACGCAUUUACUUGCCUUCCACUCCAGGCUGGAAAAAAUUUGUCAUUGGUAUGAUAUCACUUUGUUGUUCACUAUUAACUGUUCGUUUAGGUGCAUUUUUGAUGAAUAGGGAAAACCAUAAUGAUGAUG